ACUGCCUCGGACGAAGUGGAUUAUAGAUUAGUGGCACUUAGCCCAGAUCAGCUUUAGUGUUACUAGUCGAGUUGUUUACAGUGCUGUGUUGAACUCAGCAAGAGCUUGGCGAUACUGGGGAAAGUUAGGGUUCAAUAGGAAGUGUUUUUUAUUAGACAGGUGAAGGUGUUUGUAAGGUGGUUUUUGUACCAGUUAGGGAGUUGUUGACAACCGUAAUCUAGACCUGGUGUCAAGAUAUAGUGGAGGUCUUCACACAGUAUGCUGAUUUUUUCCUUCUCUCUAACGGGAAUUCCCUAACCCGCUCAUGUCGAACCGGGUAUCCCCGGAGCCGGGGGCCGCUACUGAUGUCAUUGACAACAAGGGGGACGACUCCUUUGGUAGCCAAGGGGAACUAGCCGACUACUACAUCGACGAGAAAGCCCGUAACCCAACCGCGGACGAGAACUAUCUGCAGGUCGUACGGGCGGGGGACAGGCGGACACCUGACGGGAAGCCAGACGUGGAAAUAGCGCAGGCAGCAGCUGCGCAGUCGAGCGUACACCAGAGGCGGCCCGCGGGCGAGGGAGGGAAGGCACCGGUCAGAUCUAGCGACCCCAGCUCGGGAGGCGGACGUCAAGACAAAAUGUCGAAUUCCAGACCCGCUUCUGCCGUUAGGAAGGGGAAGGAUGAGGAGGAUGUAAUUAUUGGGGCCAACAACAGUCCACAGGACAACGGAUGUUGCGCCAUCAUCCUGACAGUGCUGGCCUACAUCCUGGUCAUCGUGUUCUUCCCCUUCUCUCUCUGUGCGACCAUCAAGGUUGUCCAGGAAUAUGAGAGGGCUGUUAUUUUCAGGCUGGGUCGGUUACUGCCAGGCGGCGCUAAAGGCCCAGGAAUAUUUUUCGUGAUGCCUUGUAUUGAGGAGUAUACUAAAGUGGAUCUCCGUACCGUGUCGUUUGAUGUCCCCCCACAGGAGGUACUGACCCGAGACAGUGUCACCGUAUCUGUUGACGCCGUCGUCUACUACCGAAUCUCCAGCCCGACUGUGUCGGUGGCCAACGUGGAGAACGCGGCCAACUCCACCCAGCUGUUGGCCCAGACCACCCUCAGGAACGUGCUGGGUACCCAGAAUCUGGCUGAGAUCCUCUCCAACAGGGAGCACAUCAGCGAACAGAUGCAGAAUGUUCUAGAUGAUGCAACAGACAAGUGGGGCAUCAAGGUCGAGCGAGUCGAAAUCAAAGAUGUCCGGUUGCCCACACAACUCCAGAGGGCGAUGGCCGCAGAGGCUGAGGCUGCUCGUGAUGCCAGGGCUAAGGUGAUAGCAGCAGAAGGUGAGCAGAAGGCGUCAGUCGCCCUCAAGGAGGCAGCCGACAUCAUCGGGGCCUCACCUGCCGCCCUGCAGCUCCGCUACCUGCAGACGCUCAACAGCAUCUCCGCCGAGAAAAACUCCACCAUCAUCUUCCCACUCCCCAUCGAAUUCGUCAGUGGCUUGCUGAGGAAGUAAGCUGGGAAAUCGCGUUGUAAAAAUAAACAUGGCGGAAAUGGAGCAGAUUUUUUUUCCUCUUUCAGCGAAACAUGAAACCCUGUGUAAAGCAAUCUCCAGGACAAAUGAGCGACAGCUAAGGGCGGCUAUCCAAUUUGGCAAUACUGAACACAGUUAAUGAACAGUUUUGACCCCUGAUCUUUGAAAGCUUAAAAAAAUGAACUAAUUAAUUACUUUAUCAUAAGUGUAAAAUUAAUUUCCUUUGAAAAACACAAUUAAAUACAUUUGAUUGAUGAACAUAUUAAAAUUCCGAAUUUUAAAAGUUUAUUAAAAACUUAUUAAAUCAGAAAUCAGUUUGAUUUUAAAAGUUCUUACAUAUUGUCUACAACUGAUUACUUAACUGAUUGUUUUUUAGUGCAAAAACAAAAACACUGUUUAAUGCAUUUCUUUCAUGAAAUGCUCUUGUACAAAAUCAAUACGUUUUUAAAACUAUUCUUUUGCCUAAUUCAUCAAAUAUCAAUUAAAACAUGUUCUUUAAAAUGUAAGAAUGAUACUUUCAUUAAAGAAAAUCAACAUUCAUAAUAUUUUACCAAAAACAUCAUUAUCAUUACAGAUCUAACAUUUAUGUUUCAGUUUAAGCCUAUUUUUUAUUAUGCGUUACUAAAAAUAAAAAUUAUUUUCAGUUGCGCAGUUCUAGAUCUUGCCUAUAUGUAGUUUAACUUUUGUUUUCAAUAAACCAAUGCAUCUGCACACAGUCUCUAAGAUUUUAAACACACUUUAAAGACAGUUAUUAAUGUUAAAAAUGAUUUUAUAUCAUGAUUGUAUUAGCAUUCCAAAUUUGAAAAAAAAAAUUACAUUUUUUGUUCCAUUUUCUGUUUGAUUUAUUUUUUUAUACAAUUUGUAAAUAAUCUGAAAACCAUGUUAUAAUUUUUCUGAUAAGGUAAAGUAAUUAACAUUUAUUAAUUUUAUUUGCAAUAUAAAUGGAUGUUCUUAUUUUUAUUUUACAAUCAAGGUAGUCCUUUUGUUAAGAGUCUAUCUAUUAACAUUGUGUCUAUUGUGUAGAAAAAUUAUCCUUGCUAUGGCAUUAGCAAAAUCUCAUUUACUUUUACAUACUGUAUGUUACAUUUUCUGCAUUCAGAGGCUUGUAUCAUUUGUUAAAAAUAAAUUGUUGCGAGUUUAGUUUAAAAUUUAAAAAAAAAUAUUUUCUUUGCUUAAAAAUAAAAUUUGUUUUUUUUUUUACUUUUUGUAAAACCAGAUACGUGUAACAAAUGUAAAUCUGUUUUAUUAAUUUUUUUCAGGACUAAUUCAAACGAAUAUGAUAUUUUGUGUAUGUUUAGAUCUACUGCACUUUUCUUAGUAAUUUGAAAUAUGAUCAUGUAGGUCUAAACAUAUUUUUGUUCAAAAAUCUUAAAUACAUUGACAUGUUUGGCUGGUGUAAAUUGUUUUUAUAUUGUAUGUGCUAUUUUUAUUUAUUUUACUUCAGAAGCAAGGAAAAUGUUUUGAUUAAAUAUAAACAACGAGCCGGCCCGCGGCAUAGCAUACGCCGCUAUUUAGUUAUUGUUUUUUCUACUUUUCAGUAAUUCAAAAUUUGUGAAUUCGACAGUACCAACGCUGCCACUGAAAAUAUUUCUUUAAAACACUAUAAGUAGCUCGUUAAGGACCA